AGAAAACAGAAUCCAUCAAGUAAUAGAGCUAUGUACUUAGACAAUAAAGAUGACAGCGCAAUCUCUAGAAAAGUAGAUAUGGAGUUGACGCAGGCCUCAGUCCCUCACCAUGUGGAUUUGCUUGGAGACAUGGCAGCAGAACCCAUUUCCAACAACUUCCGUGAGCUGAAGCUGCUGAAGGAAAUGAUGGCUGUUCAGGGAGAACCACAAAAACCCUAUCCAAACAGCAUUCAUGAACCAGACUGUUGCAUUACGCUGGGGAAAGAUUUCAGUCCACUGGCUUUUCAUGGGAGGUACCAUUUUAGUUUGCCCAAAUUCUUCUGCACAAGAUCUAAAGACAGCUCUUUUACAGAAAGAACACCUCUGUUGAAAGUUUCUUCUGAAGAAAAUGGGUUAACAUGCAUGGCUGUUCAUAACACAGAUUUCACCACAGAUGAUGAUUCUUGGGAAAACAGUUCUGCUGAGUUUGAGCAAAGGUUUCAACCAGGAAGUAAAAGGACCAGCUUGUCCAAAUCUGCUACCUCCUCAGAGAAAUGUGAAAUCUUGGACACCUUUCAUGGCAAAUUCAAUUUACAUAAAAUGAGGUGCUGUUUAAGAUUCCUAAAAGUUUCUGGCCUUUUCAUCUUUGUAGUUGUAUGCUCCAUUUUAUUUAGCAUUCAUCCUGAAAGUGGAAUGCUUUGGCAGAUGCUGGCAGUGUCACCGAUGGACAGCUACACAAUAAACUUUACAAAUGCUCAUGAUUCUGCCCUUCUAAAGAUAGAACUAGGAGGGCCGUUUGUAGCGGAUGUGGUUGAUCGGCGACCGGACGAAUUUAUUUUACUUCAGAUUGGCCAAGUAGAAGACUUUGGGCCUAAAAGGAGACAUCAACAGCAGAUCUUACACAACUGGACCUUGCCCUUAAAUUCUAAAAAAAGUGAACAAAUUAUUGUGUCUAGGACCUUUGAGAUGUUUAACAGUAAAGAAAACUACAUAAGUGUUCAGGCUUUUCUUCAGGAAUCACAAAUAGUUCCUCUUUCCAUGACAUAUCGAUACCUUCAUGCAAACGUAGAGACGCAAGUAACGAUUGCAUCAGUCAUCUUAGCAGGUGUUUAUGUGCUGAUCAUAUUUGAGAUUGUUCACAGAACUUUAGCUGCGAUGCUGGGGUCCCUGGCUGCCUUAGCUACACUGGCUGUAAUUGGAGAUAAGCCAAGCCUGGUCAAAGUAGUGGAGUGGAUUGAUUUUGAAACUCUGGCAUUACUUUUUGGAAUGAUGCUUUUAGUUGCAAUCUUCUCAGAAACUGGAUUUUUUGAUUAUUGUGCAGUCAAGGCUUACAGACUGUCUCGAGGCAAGGUGUGGGCGAUGAUUAUCAUUCUUUGCCUUAUUGCUGCAAUCCUUUCAGCCUUUUUGGACAAUGUUACCACCAUGCUGCUCUUUACUCCAGUAACCAUAAGGUUAUGUGAAGUGCUUAAUCUUGACCCCAGACAUGUCCUGAUUGCAGAAGUAAUCUUCACAAAUAUUGGAGGGGCUUCUACAGCUAUUGGAGAUCCACCAAAUGUGAUUAUUGUUUCAAAGCAGGAGUUGAGGAAGGCGGGACUGGACUUUGCAGCAUUUACAGGACACAUGUUUGUUGGAAUUUGUCUCGUUCUUCUGGUCUCCUUUCCUUUCCUGCGGCUUCUCUACUGGAACAAAAAGCUUUACAACAAAGAGCCAAGUGAAAUUGUUGGUAAGUUUAUAUAUGAAAUCUUCUGAUUGAUAGUUGUACAUAAA